AUGAUCGAUGGUGCUACACAGGGGAAGGGUGGCAAACCUCUUAAGUACGACCGACGAAUCAUCAUUGUCACCGACGGACGAGGCUCUAUCGACACGGACGAUCUGGAACAGAUUGCAGCAAAGAUCAGAGACCCAGAAGCGCCGGUCGAUCUGGUGCUUUUGGGUGUUGACUUUGAUGACCCUGACAAUGGGUUCAAAGAGGAGGACAAAAGCUCACAGAAGGCAAAGAAUGAAGUAUCCCUCAAGGGCUUCGUAGAAGACUGCAAUGGUGUUUUUGGCACGCUUGCCGAGGCUAUCGAUCAACUCCAAAUCCCCCGCUUGAAAGAGACUCGUCCGGUACCCAGCUUCAAAGGUCAGCUCACUCUUGGGGAUCCAGGGCACUAUGAUGCGACUCUCACCAUCGAUGUUGAGCGUUAUCCAUGUACAAUGCUCGCCAAGCCCCCUACAGCGAGCUCUUUCGCUACGCGCACCGAUUUUGGAGCGGGCAGUGCCGCAGGACCGAGCGACGAAUCUUCGCACACUAUGACAGGCGAAGAACAGCCUAUGACAGAUCUAUCUGCGGUUCGUAAUCAGCGCGUGUACCAAGUAGACAACGAAGAGGAGCCGGGCAUGAAGAAGAACGUGGAGAUGGAUGAGUUAGAGAGAGGCUACGAGUAUGGUCGCACUGCUGUUCACAUCUCGGAAUCUGACAUGAACGUGGUCAAGCUUGAGACUACACCAAUGCUCUCGCUAAUCGGUUUCGUGAAGGCUGAAGCAUUCGAACGAUACCUUCCGCUCUCCAGGUCAAACUUCCUUGUCCCGCAACGCGGAAAUCAAGCAGCUCAGCUCAGCUUGAGUUCGUUCAUUCAUGCAUUGUAUGAAGCGGAUUGCUAUGCCGUGGCACGACUGGUAACAAAGGAACUCAAGCCUCCGGUGAUUGUGUUGCUCGUCCCACGGAUCGAGGUUGAAUGGGAGGCUCUCGUGGAUGUAGAACUGCCUUUUGAAGAAGACAUGCGACGCUACAAGUUCCCACCACUCGACCGAAAGUUGACGAUCAGCGGUAAAGUCAUCACCGAGCACAAGGACCUACCUACGGACGAGUUGACGGACGCUAUGAGCAAGUACGUUGAUGCCAUGGAUCUAUCCACCUUCGGCCGAGAUGAAGACGGUAACCCUGCCGAAUAUGCCAAACCCGAAGAUACAUUCUCGCCAAUCGUACAUCGCAUUGGUCACAUCAUCCGAUGGAGAGCAACGCAUCCGGAUCCAUCACUACCAAUGCCUCCACCGUCUGAUAUCCUGACAAAGUACGCAAACCCGCCCGCAGACCUAUUGGACGCGUCCACGAGCCAGUUCGAGGCCUUAAAGAAGGCAGCCAGAGUCUCAAAAGUGCCACCUAAGGUCAAAGGACGUGGUAAGCGCAACCGAGCUGAGCGCGACAAGCCCAUUUCCGGCCUCGACAUUGACGCCCUCCUUGGCAACCCGAACCGCGUCAAAAUCGACCCUUCGAACCUCGUACCAUCUUUCAAGAACGCCCUUGCGGCCAGUGAUGAUCUCGAAACUAUCAAAGAAGCAGCCCAGUCGAUGUCGACCGAGAUCCGCAGCCUCAUCAGGUCUAGCGUUGGCGACAGCGGAUAUGGACGCGCCUUGGAGGCACUGAGAGUCAUGCGAGACGAGCUCACUGAGCUAGAAGAGCCCGAGAUUUGGAACGAAUUCAUUCGUGGGCUGAAGUCGGAUCUUCUGGAGGGCAAGCUGAACGGGAAUAGGAAAGAUAUGUGGUGGAAGAUUAGAGGGAAUCGGUACGGGCUUGUGGAUCGGAAGAGGAGUUUUGUGAGCGAUGUCACGGAGGAAGAAGCGAGUGCGUUCUACAAUGUAGCAUGA